UUUGUCGGCAGGUUUGUUGCGUCAGGCGACGUACACGACGACUCGUCUGGGAAUCUACACCAUCCUGUUUGAGAAGAUGACCGGAGCUGACGGACGGCCUCCAAACUUCCUCCUCAAGGCUCUGAUCGGUAUGACAGCUGGAGCUACAGGAGCGUUUGUGGGAACACCGGCAGAGGUCGCACUGAUCAGGAUGACAGCGGACGGACGCCUCCCUGCAGACCAGAGGAGAGGUUACUCUAAUGUUUUUAACGCUCUGGCUCGAAUCACCAGAGAAGAAGGGAUCACCACACUGUGGAGGGGGUGUAUUCCCACCAUGGCUCGAGCGGUGGUGGUGAACGCAGCUCAGCUGGCCUCCUACUCUCAGUCCAAACAGGCCCUGCUAGACUCAGGGUAUUUUGGGGACGACAUUCUGUGUCAUUUCUGUGCCAGUAUGAUCAGCGGUCUGGUUACCACGGCAGCGUCGAUGCCCGUUGACAUCGUAAAGACCAGGAUUCAGAACAUGAGGAUGAUCGACGGGAAGCCCGAGUAUAAGAACGGACUG